UUCCCGAAAAUAGGCUACAGAAUACAGGCUUUUACAGAUCAAUUACACAACUCUAGAAUUAUGACAACUUUUGAGGAAUAUAGAGACCUUCAGGAACAGUUUGUAACCAACCACACAGGAACCAGUGUAUUAGAAAUUUCAGUUGUUUUAUCAGUACCAGUUGUGUCUGUAUUUCUUAGAAGAGCUUUACUGUUAGCCUUUCAUAUUCAUGCACAGACUUCAUUAGGCCAGUCAAAUGUUUGGAAGAUUUUUAUGAUUGAUUUCCCAUGUUUGGUGCUUCCAACACUCUUGUCAGCAACCACUCAUUCAGAAAGUCUUUAUUUCCUAUUUUCCUCUGUAUUGAUGGUAGCAGUUGGUUCCAUUGUUUGGAAGUGUUAUAGAAUUCCUAGUUUAACAUGGAAAUAUGCAAAGACAAUAGUGAAAGACUUCCCAGCAAUUGAAUUAGAUGACAGAUUUCAGUUCAUAUCUAAUUUUAAAGCCUACACAUUGAUUGGGACAGUGAUAUCAAUAUUAGCAGUAGAUUUUACAGUUUUCCCUAGGAGAUUCUGUAAGACAGAGACUUACGGUACAGGAUUAAUGGAUGCUGGUGUGGGAUUGUUUGUUGUUUCCAAUGCAGUUGUCUCCCCUGAGGCACAAAACAAAUUGACACAAGGUCAGAAUAGGUUUUACCAGGUUUAUAAGUCUAUCCUAUCUAGCCUUCCAUUACUGGUAUUAGGAUUAGCUAGAGUUAUAACAACCAAAGGAGUGAACUACCAGGAACAUGCUACAGAAUAUGGAACACAUUGGAACUUCUUCUUUACUUUAGCAGCUGUCAAGAUACUAGCCAGUAUUUUAAGUUUUCUACUACCAGUAAUGUAUUGGAAAUUUGUUGUGAUUUUAUUGUGUAUUUUGCAUCAGUAUCUGCUGACAUACAGAGGCCUGAGCCAGUACAUUAUACAGGGCAUUGAUGGCCAAGGUGGAAGACAUGGUAUAAUAGAUAGUAACAGAGAAGGCAUUAUAUCAAAUGUGGGUUAUUUCAUCAUGUACUUGUUUGGGGUGGAGAUUGGAAGAUUAGUUUUUAACAAGGAAAGGAAAACAGUAUCAGAUUAUAUGAAUCUGUUAGCAGUACUGAUUGUAUCAGCAGCAGCUUUAUUUACCAUAUUACCAUACCUCACACAGAUAGAACCUAUAUCAAGAAGAUUUACUAAUGUACCAUAUGUAAUAUGGAUGAUUGGAAUAUGUUUACAGCUGAUGGCUUCAUAUUUGUUAAUAGAUUUAAUUUUCCUCUUUAUCAAAAGUUUACAAAAGAAAAAAGAAAAAGGUAAAAAAGAAGAUAAAGUUUUGUACAGUUUGAUAGAUGCUGUGAACUACAAUGGCUUGUUAUACUUCCUGAUAGCCAAUUUAUUGACAGGGUUAAUCAACCUGAGUAUAAAAACAAUUCUGGUACCACCAUUUUAUAGUGUUGUUAUUAUUGUUAUUUAUAUGAUUAUAUUAUCAGUGGUAUCAUUUAUUUUAUAUGUGAAAAAUAUUAAAAUAAAAUUUUGGUGACACAGUUGUAUGUGUCACAACUUCAAAGUGACAUGUAUACAGACUAAAUACAAUUUCAUUAUUGAUUUUAAAUAUUGGUUAUAACUUAAAAUUUAAAUCUGUUAACAGUAUGUACAGUUCAUAGCCAUGGAAGUUAUUGAUUAGAAGAUAAUUGUUCACUUUUUACAAGAACGUAAUAAAUACAAAUGACAAAAUUUAUGAUAAGUCUCUUUAUGCAAAAAUAGUUUGUUUUUAGCUCACCUGACCUGAAAGGUCAAGUGAGCUUUUCUCAUCACUUGGUGUCCGUCGUCCGUAAACUUUUACAAAAAUCUUCUCCUCUGAAACUACUGGGCCAAAUUUAACCAAACUUGGCCACAAUCAUCAUUGGGGUAUCUAGUUUUAAAAAUGUGUCCGGUGAACCGGCCAACCAACCAAGAUGGCUGCCAUGGCUAAAAAUAGAACAUAGGGGUAAAAUGCAGUUUUUGGCUUAUAACUCAAAAACCAAAGCAUUUAGAGCAAAUCUGACUGGGGUUGAAUUGUUAAUCAGGUCAAGAUCUAUCUGCCCUGAAAUUUUCAGAUGAAUCUGACUACCCGUUGUUAGGUUGCUGCCACUGAAUUGGUUAUUUUAAGGAAAUUUUGCAGUUUUUGGUUAUUAUCUUGAAUACUAUUAUAGAUAGAGAUAAACUGUAAACAGCAAUAAUGUUCAGCAAAGUAAAACCUACAAAUAAGUCAACAUGACCAAAAUUGUCAGUUAACCCCUUAAGGAGUUAUUGCCCUUUAUAGUCAAUUUUUAACAAAUUUUCAUCAGUUUUUGAAACUUGUACAAAAAUCUUCUUCUCUGAAACUACAUGGCCAAAUUAAACCAAACUUGGCCAUAAUUAUCAUUGUGGUAUAUAGUUUUAAAAAUGUGUCCGAUGACACCGCCUUCCAAACAAAAUGGCCGACAUGGCUAAAAUUAGAACAUAGUGGUAAAAU